AGCGGCCGUUUCCCAUAGAGAGGCUCUUCCCUCAGCCGGCCUCCCCGCCCCAACCUCGCCGCCUCGCGCUCCCCCUGGCGGCCCAGCCGGAGCCUUCUCUUCCUCUUCCCACACUGCCCGCUUAGGUGGCUGCAUCGCGGCUGUGCCUGGGCUCCAAGAUGGCGCAGGCGAUCUUCGAGGCGCUGGAAGGAAUGGACAAUCAGACAGUGCUGGCUGUUCAGUCAUUGUUAGAUGGUCAAGGAGGAGUAACAGAUCCAUCGGCACAAAAUGUGAAUACAUCCACCACCAUCCAGUCCAUGGAUGAUGAGGAUGUGUUCCUUUGUGGAAAGUGUAAGAAACAGUUCAACUCAUUAUCGGCAUUCAUGACGCACAAGCGAGAGCAAUGUCAAGGAAAUACCCCCUCCUUGGCUACUGUUUCCCUGGCUACUAACAGCGUGUACACACCAUCCAUUACGUCAGUGCAGCAAGCUCAGACCACCAAUCGCCAGAUCUCAACAUAUAUUACUGUCCCGCCAUCUCCUUUGAUCCAGACUCUAGUGCAGGGAAAUAUCUUAGUGAGUGAUGAGGUCUUGAUGUCAGCUAUGUCUGCUUUUACAACUUUGGAUCAACCUAUGCCCACAGUGCAACCCUCUGUUCAGAGCAGCCUGAAUAUGCAUGCUGGAGCUGGAUAUCUCUCUCAGCCUCCACCUCCACCACCUCCACCUCCACCGCAGCCACCACCUCCUCCACCUCCUCCUCUGGGAGCACCAGGUCAGGCCAGCUCUGGUAAUGGUGGAGUAGUGGAAGUGUAUAGUACACCAACUUCCAUGGCUGGGAAUGGUACAGUAGAGAUACAGAAUCUUGGAAUGCAACCCUACCCACCAAUGGAGGUGCCCUCCCAAUGUGUGGAAAGCCCAGUGUAUCCUACUCCUCCAGUAUAUAGUCCAGGCAAACAAGGUUUUAAGUCUAAAAGCCCCCACACUCCCGCUUCCUUGAACAAUACCUGUGCAGGAAGUGUGACCAAUUUUGAUUCAACAUGCAAGAACCGUCGUUCUAAAACAGAUAGCACCCUGCUAGAAGGGAAACCUAAGUCACCAAAACUGAAAUGUACCUAUUGUGAUAAGGCCUUUACCAAGAAUUUUGACCUUCAGCAGCAUAUCAGGAGUCACACAGGGGAGAAGCCAUUCCAGUGUAUCGUUUGUGGCCGGGCCUUUGCUCAAAAGUCCAAUGUGAAGAAGCACAUGCAGACACAUAAGGUGUGGCCACCAGGAAUUGGGUGUACCAUAUCUCGGAGCUCUGUCACCGUGCAAGUUAUGGCACUGAACCCCAACCAACAAGAGGAGGAAAAUGCAGGCUUAAACCCAGCUCCCAGAAGCAGUCCUCCACAGCCUCAAAUUAUCCCUCCUGUGCAAGACCAUGAAGCCAGCAAGAUGGAAGCCAAGCAAGUGGUCUUGAUAGACAAUUCUUACCAGUGCCAGUUCUGCCCCAACAAAUUCAACACAUAUUUCCAGCUGAAAUCACACAUGACUCAGCACAAACAUGAGCAGGUUUACAAGUGUGUUGUGAAAAGCUGUGCACAGACAUUCCAGAAGCUGGACUCCUUCCUAGAGCACAUCAAGAACCACCAGGAGGAGUUGAGCUACCGUUGCCAUCUCUGCAGCAAAGACUUCCCCUCCCUCUAUGAACUCGGUGUCCACCAGUAUUCCCACAGCUUGCUUCCUCAACACAGUCCCAAGAAGGACAUGGCUGUUUACAAAUGUGUUAAAUGUGUAAAUAAAUAUUCCACACCAGAAGCCCUGGAACAUCACUUACAGACAGCAACACACAACUUUCCUUGCCCUCAUUGUCAGAAGGUGUUCCCCUGUGAGAGGUACUUACGACGACACCUCCCUACACAUGGGGGUGGAGGGAAGUUCAGGUGCCAGAUCUGCAAGAAAUUCUUCCGCCGAGAACACUACCUCAAACUACAUGCUCACAUCCAUUCAGGGGAAAAGCCUUUCAAGUGCUCAGUGUGCGACUCAGCUUUCAACAGAAAAGAUAAACUCAAACGCCAUAUGCUGAUCCAUGAGCCUUUCAAGAAAUAUAAAUGCCCCUUCUCAAACCAUACAGGUUGCAACAAGGAAUUCAACAGGCCAGACAAGUUGAAAGCUCAUAUUCUGUCCCAUUCAGGGAUGAAGAUCCAUAAGUGCCAAUACUGUAGCAAGGCAUUUAGCCGGCGAGCUCAUAUGGUGGAACAUCAGCGUGCCCACACUGGCAACUACAGAUACCGCUGCCCUACUUGCAGUAAAGGCUUUACACGUCAGAAGUACAUGAAGGACCACAAGUGUAGGCUGAGCUCUCCCAAGGACAAAGAGCUGCCUGUCAGAAAAUCCCAGAAGAAGUGGGGGACUCGUGGGCGGAAAGUGGGACUUCCUCUUUCAGCUCAGUUGGCCUUGACAGAACUGAAAGAAAGUGCAACUGGACAGAACCCUCAAAAAAGUGGUCCCAAUAAAGAACAGUUUCCUGAGUCUGACACAGUCCUGUCCAUUGUGGUUGGCAGAUCAGCAGCAAUGCCCACUUCAGAUUCAGACCACGGCAACUCUGGCCAGUGUAGUGGGAUCCCAUCAAACCUUGCUCUGGCUGAGGUACAGUCCGGCUCAGAGAGCUCAUGUGCUAUGCUGGCAGUCCCUGUUUACAUUCAGGCUACUGACUGACUCACCAAUACUGUGAUUUGUGUCUGCUUAAUGGGGAUGGGGAAGAGUUCCUUCACCUGUUUGAUGAGGAUGGCCUUCAGAAGGGGAUUGGAAAUGAAUAAGAAGGAGGUUGGUGUAAAAAAAUGUGGGCUUCAAGGAUGCAGAGACCAGAACUAUAUUGGGGAGAGAACUUCCCUUCUCCAAGGGAAAGAACUUGAACGAAUAAUCAGUGGCACAGAAGGUAUGGUUGUACACUGCUCCUUAAGAAAUGAUCAGUGGUUAACAAGUUUUGUGAGGUACCCUGAAUCAACAAAGAACUGCAAUCCAGAUCUAUUGCAAUAAUGCUCAGAUUUCUUCAAGAAUUGAGUUGUUGCUUUGAUCUAUUACAGUGUAUGCUAUUUGUACUUGUAUUCUAAUCCCUGCAUUGUCCUGUAUCAGGACAGUUGGCCUUUCCAUCUGCAGGCAAUCCCAAACCUUGAAAAGCUACUUUUUUUCACUGUAAAUCCCAGAAUCCCCUAACCUGCAUGGCCACAGGUCCCCCAUUUCUGGAAUUUUUCUGACUGGCAGCUUUUUGUCCUUGGAUGGGCACAGCUUAUGGUGUUGGCAUGCUGUGUGAUUCUGGGAGUUCUAGUGCAAAAGAGUAACUUUUCCAAGCUCUGAGUAGUUGUCCUUCCUCCUGGGAGUGAAUUUAUUAGGUGAUCUUUUGGAAACUUUAUUCAAAAAUAUUCCCAUUGAUACAUCCUAUGACACUCCCUUUCUGAUGUUAAUAGGAAACCUAUUAAAUAGGUUAAUUGAAAAGCAUUUAUGUACAAGUACAGUUGACCAGAAUAAAUCUCAUUUUUUGCCCUGAA